UCCGACGUGGGGGCGAGGGUGAGGAAAAAAAUCAUCGUCGAUCGCGAAAAAAGAAGCAAAGAGGAUGAGGAGGAGGAGAACGAUGGGAGAGGUCGGUCCGAGCGCCAGUUGACGAGGAGAAGACGCUCCUUGGGUUUGGCGGAGGGCGGCAGCAUGGCCUACGUCAUUUGGCGGGUCUUUAUGAAAAAGUACUCCAAGGUGCGACUCGGGAUACACAACGUACCGGUGAUACCAGCAGAUCGUCGCGCUCCGCCGGCCGACAAGGAAACCGAGACCUGGAGCUUGGCGGUCGAACAGCCAAACGACAGCCACAACCAGCCCAAAGUCUCGGACGGCAAACCCAACGAAGCCAUCAACAGCGAGCAGCAGUUGCCGGCUCGAGCUCACGAGACCCGCAAGAGCAAGAGCAGACGCGUCAAGAGCUACCUGAAGCGGUGCAAGGGCGCCCUGACCAUCAGGGGUGACGAGACGUCCUGCGAGCGCAAGAGAGCCCCGGGCCCACCUCAGACCUCCUGGUACGUCGACAAGAAAGACCCUAAGAGCGAGGAGGAAGACGGAGAGGAGGAGGAGGAUGGGGACGAGGGGGAGAUACGGCCCGAGGAGCUGUUCGAGCUGUGCAAGCCGAGCGCCGUCAGGAGGGUUGGCAGCCGGGGCUCGUUGUACGAGGACGCCAGGGACGAUGUUGGGUGCGGUGCGGCUGACGCUAGGACCGAGGACAACGGGAGCCUGAACUCGAGCGACACUCUGAUCGCUGAAACCUGCCAGGAGCCACCUAGUGGGGGUGAUAGGGGCGAGGAGGCGAGCGAGGAUGACCCAGGACCCGCGACGCCCACUUUCAUACCAAACGCAGUGGUGCGCGGAGAUGCUGCCUCGUUGGUCCGGAGCUACCUUGGGCCGAUCUACGGCGAGCACGUGCUCGACAUCCUGACCAGGCAGGCUCGGGACAUACUGGUCUGCGCCUACCACGGCAACUUGGAAAACUUCGUCAAGUCCUACCUCUUCCCGGCCGUCAAGCUUCUCAGCGAGGUUAAGCGCGUCGCUUCGAAAAAGGGCAACGAGCUCGUAACGCCCGUGGGCUGGCCGCUGACCCUCGGUGGACACGGACUAGUCCUCAGGCUCGGCGAAUUGGAGGCCUCGUCUUUACGCCUCGGGGAAUGCUACCUUUGCGUGCGCAGCGCGGCUGCGAGCCCGAUACUCCCCUCGCCAUCGACACCGUCGACCGCAGGUGCAACAGCCACGACCACCUCUCAGCAGCUGAAAAUCACCCGGACGCCGGCCAUCGCCGACGAAGCCAUCGCUGACGCCGAAGAGAGGGAUUCCGUUGAGUUUGAAAAGUACCUAGCCUGA